GUUACUUGCCUCAAACUACAGUACACUACAGUAGAGCACAGUUCCAUCAAUUGAAGACCACGUGUUUUCCAUUAGUGAAAAAUUAACCUGUACGUAUAUCGUCUAUUAUAUAAAACUUAUUAUUGAAAAUAUGUCGAGUGUUACAAACAGUGAUAUAACUUCAAGUAAUCAAGUUCGAGAUGAAGGCGAGAAUUCCGAGGUAAUGGAAAUUUCAAAUGAAUCAGAAGUUUCGGUGAUCUCAAGUAAAAAUCGUGUUUCAAGGCCGGCAGUCGAGAACGAACUACGAAAAAUUGCGAAAUCGCUAAGGAAAUACGGAGUUGAAUUGAUUGAUAGAAAUAAUUAUUUAGUUGGAGGAUCACUUGAAUAUGCCGCCCGAGUUGGCGAUAUUAAACUGGUCGAGCUGCGGAUUCGCCAAGGUGCAGAUGUUAAUGAUUUAAGACGAAACGGCCGUACUCCACUCCACGUGGCAGCCCAGUAUGGACAUCCCAAAAUCAUUGAACUUCUCGUUAAUAACGGAGCACGUCUUGAUUCUGUAUUAAAAGGACCAACAAAAACUGGAUAUACGCCGCUACAUCUUGCUUGUUUAAAUAAUAAAAUUGAGUGUGUAAAUGUUCUAUUGAAAUAUGGCGCAAGUGUUACUCCAAAAUGCGCCGAUGUUUACCAUCCAAUCCACUUCGCGGUAUAUAAGAACUUCGUUGAAGUAGCGGCGUUGCUUUUGGAAAAUGGCGCAGACGUAAAUCUUCGAUUUAAUAAUAAAUUUUUUCGUAACAAAUGGGACGAAAAUAUUUUGUGGAAGGAUAUGGAUUUAACGCUGUUACACUUCUCGAUCGCUAUAGAAAACGACGGAAUGACAGCAUUAUUGUUGGAGUAUGGAGCUGAUAUUCAUUUAAAUACGAGGACGAAUAAAACAUCAUUGAUGCACGCUGUUGAAGCAAAUGAUCCCGAGCUGGUUAAAUCAUUUUUGGCGAGAGGUGCAAACCCCAACGAUCGAGAUAUUUAUGGUGAACCGGUCUUGUUUUACAUUGUCGUAAAUGCCAAUAUUCAAUCUAGUUAUUAUGAUAAUGAAGAAUUUCUUAGCCUCGACAAGAAAUUGGAAAUAAUAGAACUUUUAUACGCUGCCGGAGCUGACGUCAAUGUAAAGUUUCUAUCAAAUAAAUCUUUUGAUUCACUUGUUCACUACACGUGUAUGUAUGGAUAUCGAAGUAUCCUCGAAUUUAUACUCUAUAAGACCAAUUUUGAUUGGCGGAAAAUUGAUUGUGCAGCUAUUGAGGUUACAAAAUUAAUAGAGGAAGCUAUUCCCCCAUGGAACCAACAGGAUUUGGUAUACAUUACACAGCUUAAGGAUUCUUUUGAUGAUUCGAAAUGCUUAUUAUUGUAUUACAUAAUUAGUAGACAUAUGAUUGGUUUCCCAGUGAAAGAAGAAUUAUUAUCGGCAAUAUACUCCUCUUCACUUCACGGUGGCAGCCUCGAAGAAUACGCACAAAAGAUCGAAUUUUAUAAAAACGACAUCGGAAAUCAGAUCAGAAAUUUAAAAUUAAUGACGAUUGGAAAUACUAAAUUUUCUUUGUGGCAUGUAUUGACUUGUAAAAUGGCAGAUUUAGUAAGUCUUUCAUUUCAGGAAGAUUUCCGGAGUUUAUGUGUAAGUGAUUAUAUCACUAAAUAUUCUAUCUAUUAUAACAUUAUUGAAGAUCGUUGGAAAGCUGCCAUCAAAAGAGGUAUCUUAAUAAAAAAGAGUAGAGAAAUAGUAUUCGAUUUAUUUCAUACUCAUUUACAGUAUGACUGUUGCGAAGCAAUCGUAACAUCUUUCAAUAAUCAAGAAUUAGAAGAUUUUUUAAAUCUUUGUAGUAACGAGAUAAUUUGUUAA